UCCCCCCGUUGGAACUGCGCUGAAGCCGGAAACCGAAUGGAGGCCCGCCGAAGGUCUCCCCUUUAUGCGGGGAGCGGUGGGGGAAGUGGCGGCCCGAGCGGCCUCCCCGAGAGCCCCCGAGCGCUUUGCAGCCGCCUGCACCGGCUGUGCCGGGGGUGGCUGCGGCCCGAGCGGAGCAGCAAAGCCGAGAUGCUGGACCUGGUGGUGCUGGAGCAGCUGCUGGCCCUGCUGCCCCCGGAACUGUCGGGCUGGCUGAGGGAGUGCGGGGCGGAGAGCUGUGCCCAGGCGGUGGCCCUGGCCGAAGGCUGCCUCCUCGGCCCCGCAGCCGCCCCGGAGCCCGGAAAGGGGCGGCAGGUACAGGAGCCGUUCGCAAGAGAGAUCUCAGCAGAGCUCCAGGAAAAAGAUCAAUCCAAUCGCUCUCAACAGCUUCAUUUCAGGAGGAUCCAAUUCGGGCCAUCUUGUCAGGGCUCUUCUCUCUUUGAAGAGGUGACUGUGGACUUCACAGAGGAGGAGUGGGCACUGCUGGAUUCUGGCCAGAAGGCCUUGUGCAGAGAAGUCAUGCUGGAGGUUUCUAGGAAUAUGGACGCUCUGGGUGACAGGCUGGAGAAUGACAGUGACAAACAGAUGAGGUUAAUGCCUAUGGAAACAGCAAACCUUCAAGUAGAAGAAGUGAUUUUUGGCCAUCAACAGGAUGCAAACCCCCAAGAAAAAAGCUACUCAGAAGAUCAGGGGGCGAGAUCUUCCACUUAUCUUCCUAUUGAAAUCCAGGAAGACCAGAAAGGGAAGCAAAAGGGAAAAUACAGCAAAAGGGAGAAAAAUGAAUUCAAUUUAGCUGAAUACGGCAGAAGCCAGAGCAAAGGAAAACCAUAUGACUACAGACAGUAUGCAAAAUCCAUCAAUCCUUCUUUCUCUCUUUCUUUACCUAAGAAACUGUACAGGAAACACGAGCCAAAUAUAUUUGUAAAAUUUGGAAAGUGUUUCAGUCUGAGCAGAGACACGAAGCUCUGUGUGAAGUGUGGAAAGAACUUCAGUAGCAACAGUACACUUAAUCGUCACCAGAAGAUCCACACAGGGGAGAAACCAUAUAAAUGCAUGGAGUGUGGAAAAAGCUUUUCUCGAAACACACAGUUUAUUCAUCACAAAAAGAUCCAUACAGGGGAAAGACCAUAUAAAUGCCUGGAGUGUGGAAAGAGCUUUAUUGAGAACAGAAUUUUUACUCGGCACCAAAGGAUCCACAUAAGAGAGAGACCAUAUAAAUGCAUAGAAUGUGGAAAGGGCUUUAUCGACAACAGAGACCUUAGUCACCAUCAAAGGAUCCACAGAGAGGAGAGACCAUACAAAUGCACAGAGUGUGGAAAAAGCUUUAAUCACUACAGAAUCUUUACUCGUCAUGAAAGAAUACACACCAGAAAGGAUCAAUAUAAAUGCAUAGAGUGUGGAAAGAGCUUUAGUAACUCUAGUACUUUUACUAUUCACAAAAGGAUCCAUGCAGGUGAGAAACCAUACAAAUGCUUAGAGUGUGGAAAGAGUUUUACCCGGAAAGGACAUCUUAAUCGUCAUGAAAAGACUCACACGGGGCAGAAACUUUAUAAAUGCAUAGAAUGUGGAAAGAGCUUCAGUACAAACAGUAAUCUGGCUCGCCAUCAGAAGAUCCACACAGCUGAAAAAACAUAUAGUUGCAAGGAGUGUGGAAAGUCAUUCGCUGAGAGUAGUGAUAUUAUUUCCCAUCAAAGAAUCCACACAGGGGAGAGACCAUAUAAAUGCCUGGACUGCGGUAAGAGUUUUUUUGACAACAGUGGCCUUACUCGACAUCAAAGGGUCCACACAACGGAUAGACGGCAUGAAUGCUUGGAGUGUGGAAAGACCUUUAUUGAGAACAGAAAUUUUAUUCGGCACCAAAGGAUCCACACAGGAGAGAGACCAUAUAAAUGCAUGGAGUGUGGAAAGAGCUUUAUUAGCAAUUGUGAACUUACCUUCCACCAAAGGUUGCACACAGGGGAAAGACCAUAUAAAUGCAUGGAGUGUGGGAAAAGCUUUCGUCGGAAUACAGAACUUAUUCAUCAUAAGAGGACCCACACUGGGGAAAGACCAUAUAAAUGCGUGGAAUGUGGAAAAUCUUUUACUACGAAAGGCCAUCUUACUUAUCAUGAAAGAAUCCAUACAGGGGAGAAACCAUUUCAAUGUAUAGAAUGUGGAAAGAGCUUUGCUCAGAAAGGACAACUGACUUCUCAUGAGAGAAUCCACACAGGAGAGAGACCAUAUAAAUGCUUAGAGUGUGGAAAAAGUUUUCAUUGGAGCACAGAACUUAUUCAACAUGGAAGGAUCCAUACUGGGGAGAGACCAUACACAUGCAGGGAGUGUGGAAAGCAAUUUACUCGGAAAGUUCAUUUGAUUACUCAUGAAAGAAUCCAUACAGGGGAGAGACCAUAUAAAUGCACAGAGUGUGGAAAAAGCUUUGCUCAGAUAGGACAACUUAAUUCUCAUAAAAGAACCCACACAAGAGACCAUAUAAAUCCAUUGUAGUGUGGAGAAAGCUCCAAUAAUCACAAGACAUUUACUCAUGAAGGAAUCCAAAGUGGGGAAAAUCCAUAUAAAUUCAUGGCGUGUUGAAAGAGGUAUACUUGGAAAGGACAACGAAAAUCUCAUAAAAUUAUGUGCGUAGAAGAAAUAUUAUAAAUCUAUGGAAUGAGCUUCAUUCAAAACAAUCAAAUUACUCACCAUGAAAGAAUCCAGAAAUGAGAAGGAAGCUUAUUAUUGCAUAGAAUGCGCAGAUAUCUUUUGUUUGAUCUGGAAUAUUAUUCAUGAUCCCGUGAGGAUUCUCUGAUUUCCAAGGAGUGGGCACAGCACAGCACAGCAUAAGCAAAUCUGAACAGCGUGCUUCACUGUAUUGCGUGCCUUCCCCAACAACAGGCUAUUGCUCUUAACUCUACCCUUCUGGACCUUCCCUCCAGCGAUGCAGCAUGCAGAACUCUGGGAGGCAAAAGCUGUUCCAUUAAUUAAUACUUCUCACUGUUAGGAAAUUCCUUAUUUCCAGGAUUGCUGUCCCACCAGUGAGCUUCCUCCCUCUGCUUCUAGUCCUGACCUCAGGUGCUUUGGAAGAUAAAUGGACCAUUCCUCCUUGGGACAGCCCUUUAAGCACUGGAAGACUGCUACCUUAAGCUUUCUGUUUUGUUAAGCUGAACGUACCUAGUUCCCUUAUCCUCCCCAAUGCCAAAUAGACAAAUAUGAUGACUUCCUAUGACCUUGGUGCUGUUGAUGUAAACUGGGACAGUAUUGGCUUUUUUGACACCUGCGGUACACUGGCUCAUAUUUAAGUGAUUGUGCACUAGGAUUCCAAAAUCCCUCUGUUGCUUUAUUAAGCCAUGUGUCAUCAAGUCUGUACCUAUACAGUUGGGUUUUUUUGCCUAAGUGUAAAACCUUAUUUUUAUCUAUGUUGAAUUUCAUUUUGUUAGCUAGGGUCCAGUGUUCCAGUCUGUAAAGAUAUUUUUGGAUCUUGAGCUUGUCGUCUGAGGUUUUAGCUAUUCCUGCCAGUUCAGUGUCAUUGGCAAAUUUGAUGAGUUCUCCCUCUAUUCCCUCAUUUAUAUUGUUUAUGAAGAUAUUGAACAGUACUGGACCUAAAAUGGAACCUUGGGAAACCCCACUGCUUGCCUCCAUGUGGAUGUAGUUCCACUGAGGACUACACAAAUUUGUCAGCCAGUAACUGAUCCACCUAGUGGUGUUGGUGUCUAUUCCAUAUUUUUCUAGCUAGCUAAGAAGUAGGUUGUGCAUCUACAUUAUCAAAUGCUUUACGGAAAUCUAAGUAUACUAUGUCCCCAGCAUUUGACUGAUCCACUAAUUUAGUCACUUUGUCAAAGAAUGAAGAUUUCUUCAUGGCAUGAUCUGUUUUUGAUAAUCCCAUAUUGGCUUCUAGUUAUAACUUGAUUUGCUUCUAGAUGUUCGCAAAUUUGUUGCUUCAUUAUCUUUUCCAAGAUCUUCCCAGGUAUUGAUAUCAGGUUGACUGGUCUUUAAUUUUCUGGAUCUUUUUCCCCACCCCCCCACUUUUGAAGAUGGGCACUACAUCAGCUUUUUUCCCCGUACUCAGGUAGUUUCCCGGUGCUCCAAUUGAAAGAUAUGUUUCAAUGGUUCUGAAAUCAUGUCCAUCAGUUUCAUCUGAAUUCCAGAAUGUAAUCCAUCAGAACCUGAUGAUUUGAAUCCUAGUGAGGUGAUAGGUAUUCUCUUACCUUAUUUUUGCAUAUUUUAAAUUUGCAUUCCUUACCUGUCAUUUAUGGUUCUCUUUUUUGAAAGUUGUAUGAAGACAGAGGAAAGCAUGAAUCAAGCAGUUCUGCUUUCUCUCUAUUCGUUAUUUUUUCCCCAUCUCCCAAGUAAGUAAUGGGCAGGAGAGAGAAAAGCAGAACUGCUAAAUUCAUACUUUGCAUCUGUCUUCACACAAAAAGAAAACAGUAGGACAUUCUGUUUCUAUGUGAAACAGAAAUAGCAUACCAGCCAAUCAACCAGCCAGGAAAGAUCAAGUAGAAAAGGUGGAUAGAAAGUCAAGACUUCCAACAGCACAGAAAUAGAAACAGAAGAUAUAUAGGGCAGAUUGCAUUCUGUAGAAAAAGUAGGGUUCCUUUAUGAGUGUCACCACAUUAAUACAGAUAACAGGACAAAUAAACUGGCCUGGAGGAACCUUCAAAACAUGUAUAACUUUUGUAUUUAAUAAUGCAUAACAUUACAUUAUAAUUAUAUAAUACAUAAACUGCUGGAAGUAAAGAAAAAUCCCAGGUUCUCAAAACCAACAAUCAAAGCAGAUUCCAUUCAAAAGAGCUUUGCUUUUUCCAGCUUAUGGAGCUUCUCAGCCAUCCAGGUCUUGGUUGCCCCAAAGGUGCUUUUUCAAGAGAGGCAACUGGGCUUUCUGGUUU